AUGAACAGUCAAGACGCAUUCAGAAAAUUCGCUCAGCAACUACAGAGGGCCAGUCAGUCUGGAGGUGGUGGUGGGAUGCCAGGAGGUCCAGGUCGCUUCCUCGCAGGCGGAGGCCUGAUGGUCGCGCUGGUGGGCGGUGGACUGCUCCUGAACUCGAGUUUGUUCAACGUCGACGGUGGUCAUAGAGCUAUCAAAUAUACUCGUCUUCAGGGUGUUAAGGAUGAAGUGUACAACGAAGGGACACACCUCAUGGUUCCCUGGUUUGAGACACCAAUAGUUUUCGACAUUCGUGCAAAGCCUCGCAGUGUAGCAAGUUUGACUGGCACGAAAGAUUUGCAAAUGGUUAACAUCACUUGCAGAGUUCUGUCCCGGCCAGCUGUAUCUGCUCUGCCUCAAAUAUAUCGCGAACUAGGAAAAGACUAUGACGAGCGUGUGCUACCGUCUAUCGUCAACGAAGUCCUCAAAAGUGUGGUGGCACAGUUCAAUGCAAGUCAGCUCAUUACACAACGUGAAAUGGUGUCUCGGUUAAUUCGCGAGAAUUUGACGAAUCGUGCAUUGCGCUUUAAUGUCGUCUUGGACGAUGUGUCCAUUACCCAUGUGGCGUUUUCACCCGAGUUCACGCAUGCCGUCGAGGCUAAGCAGGUCGCUCAACAAACAGCUUUAAGGGCCGCCUUCUUGGUUGAUCAGGCAAUUCAAGAAAAACAGUCCAUUAUAGUGCGAGCCCAAGGUGAGGCUCGGAGUGCUGAGUUGAUCGGUGAAGCAAUGCGCACGAACAAAGGAUUUUUGGAGCUCCGACGGCUUGAGGCCGCCAGGGAUAUUGCCAACAUGCUGGCUGCCUCAGGCAAUAAAGUGAUGUUAGAUGCCCAGAGCCUUUUGCUGAAUGUGACAGGAGAAGACACAAAAGAAUUGCUGAAAGUGAAGAAGUAA